AUGCCUCCCAAAGCAGUCCCGUCACCGCGUGUGCGAAAGGAAACGACCCAUGAGCACGCGAGGGGCAACACACGGCCACGAGUGCGGUCAAGCCAUUCCGCCUCCCGCGCCACCCCUUCUUCAUCCACGCCUCUUGAAAAAAAGAAGGCACCCUGCAGCGGCGUGUUCGUGUACAUCAACGGUCUCCUCUGCCGCACGGCGGACAGCACCGGUCAAUUUUGCCCAAGCGACGUCUUCGCCGGCAUCGAUCGCCCCCCUGCGUGUGCGAGCUUUCCUGUGCCCUCACUGAAGAAGAACGGUGUACCGGAUACCUUCCUCCGUGCCGCGGCCGACGCGAACAGGGACGCCGACUCCUCGUUUGAAUCGGAAUGCCUCAUCUUCAGUACCUUUGGUGUCUUAACAGGCGGGGUUUUGAUCGACCCCUUCCACGAAACGUUCGCGGACUACACCCAGACAGCGCCAUACACCGUCACCGGCAUCACGCCGUCCGUCCACCGUGCGCUGGCGCCGUCGGAGGAGCAGCGCCGCGAAGUCGAGGAGGUCCGCGACGCAAACGAAUUGGCCUUUAGUCGCGGUGAUUUCGCCCGCAUCCGUCCCGAGUCUGCGCUGACGCUCUGCACGUCUGAGCUGACCCUACCGCCACCCGCACCAGUUCCGUUGGCCUCUCCCUUGUCGCCGGCGCUCGCAGAGACUUCCGCGCCCGCAAUAAAGCGGACGACAUCGUAUCCUGCCAUGCGCCGCCGUCGCUUUCAUCUGACGUCAGCUUUGGUGGACGAGUGGUACGACAACCUGGCGGUUCCACGCGGUGUGACCCCGAAGGAGACGGAGGGCCACAAGACGGCGUGGCAAGAGGCCGAGGCGUUUCGCCAGCUACUCAUGAACAACAGCGUGUCGCGGGCCGUGGAGCCGCAGAACUUUUUGCCGCCGUCCAUUCCUUUCCUCUACCGUGAGCGCGGAGCCCCGGUGCACGUGAAGGACGACGUCGAAGGAAAAGACACGGGUAGGGGGUACGAUGCUGCCGCCGUCGACGCGGAGUUGAAGGGCGACACCCCGCCUCUUCCUUUACCUGGCGUUCGCUCCGCCGCCGCCGCCUUCGUGUGCUAUUCAGGCCAGCCGCGGUUUACGUCGUCCGGGGUCAAUUCGCUGCGGCCGACGGCGGUGGAGCAACGCACGCCAUCGGUGCCGGUGCGCCUGCAGAAGCGCCUCCGACCGUUCAAGGGAGCUGAAAUCGCACGAGAAGCUUCGAGGAAAAAGACCGAGCGUCAGAGCCCGCGGAAUCCCUCCGCGGUGGAGGUGCGGGACGGAGCAGCCGGCGGCGACGAGGUGGGGCAAGACGCAAAGGAGUACUUCCUCAUCCCCUACCGCACGGUCCUCCCGCGCGUUGCGGCAUUCCGCCUUUUUUGGUUGUACUUCAAUCACCUUGGCUUGCUGUAUAACGGGACUCGCAUCACGGGCGAAACAAACGCAUCGUCGGUGCAAGAGCUGCUUCGCACGGGUGAUUACGGCUGGGGCCUGUGUCCGGAUGCGGAGUACACCGUGGCAGCUGAGGUGCAACGGAAGCGACAGAUUACGCGUGCUCUGUGGUCGAAGGCGGGAGAGACGUUUCCUGGUGGGACCCGGUGGUCCACCGCUGGAGGCAACCAUCGAGUGGUGUCGGCCGCGUUCACCGCGUUGAUGACGUCCGACAGGGACGCAUUGCUGCGGCGUAUUCACGUGCUCAACGUCUUCCUGCACGAAUUGUGCAAAGAGGCACCAGAACCCGUGUAA